GUCCGGUGAGGCCGCGCAAGCAGCUGCCGCCGAGAUAAACCGUUUGUUGGCCAGGUCUCUCUAUCCGGCUUCACCCCGCAAACUAUAUCGUGCAGUCAGCCGCGCCGCCGAGCUAAGACAAAAAUGCUCUCGCUGCGGGCGCCGCCCCGUACUUUCUCGCCCUCGCCGUGGCGGAGACGGGGCCGCCUCGACGGUUUCGCCGCGCCGCGUUGUGUCAGCGCCGCGCCACCCGCGACAACCCUAGAGACGGCUACCGCGCGGCCGGCAGGCGUCUCCUUCCCGAUUCUGGUGAAUGGCUGCACUGGUAAAAUGGGGGUAUCUGUUGCUGAGGCAGCUACUUCAAGGGGUCUUCACCUAGUUCCUGUUUCAUUCAGUAGUAGAGAGAACCUUGAUAAAACAAUACAAAUUGGUGAUGUUGACGUUGAGAUAUAUGGCCCUUCUGCAAGAGAAGAUGUUCUUUCAUCUGUCAUCGAUGAAUUCCCGGAUGUCGUUGUGGUGGACUACACGGCGCCUAAUUCUGUGAACUCUAAUGCCGAGCUCUAUUGCAAGCUUGGUGUGCCAUUUGUAAUGGGCACAACUGGCGGGGAUCAGCAGUUACUGUACAAAUCAGUGCAAGAUUCAAAUAACUAUGCACUAAUAUCUCCGCAAAUGGGCAAACAGGUUGUUGCAUUUCUUGCUGCAAUGGAAACAAUCGCGGAGCAGUUUCCUGGGGCCUUUUCAGGCUAUCGUUUGGAGGUACUGGAAUCCCAUCAAGCAGGAAAGCUGGAUACAUCUGGUACAGCUAAAGCUGUAAUUGCUUGUUUCGAGAAGUUAGGCGCGGUCUUUGACAUGGACCGGAUGGUUAAGAUCAGGGAUCCUGAGCAACAGCUUUAUAUGGUGGGUGUCCCCGAAGAACACAUUGAAGGGCAUGCAUUCCAUCUGUACCAUCUGACUUCUCCCGAUGACAGCGUUUCAUUUGAGUUCCAGCACAAUGUUUGUGGCCGUUCAAUCUACGCCGAAGGGUCAGUUGAUGCCGCCGUAUUUCUGUACAAGAAGGUACAAUCAAUGGAUCCUAAGAGAAUUUACGACAUGAUUGAUGUCUUGCAAGAAGGCGAUAUGUGGUGAAGUUAUUGUUUAGCUCUUCAUGCAUCCGAGCGAAAUUUUGAAACAAUCUUCUUGUAUCCUCCUAAAUAUAAGUCGUUUUAGAGAUUUCAACAAGUGACUACAUACGAGCAAAAUGAGUGAAUCUAAACUCUAAAAUAUGUCUAUACAUCCGUAUAUUGUAGUUCAUUUGAAAUGUCUAAAAAGACUUGUAUUUAGAAACGGAGGGAGUAGUGAGUAGUGGUCUGAAACAGUGGAGUUUUUUCAGGGUUGAUGAUAUAUGUACUGAACCGCAUGCACCCGAAUAGUUUACUCCAGAACCUUAAAUUGUACAAAUGGAUGGUGGGCCAGGACGUGAAUA